ACAUGCAACUCAAUCCCUUUUCUGUUCAUCUUAGACUAUCAUCUGCAUUUUUGUCUUGGAAGUAGUGCCUCAGUGUGUGUUUCUUUCUCAUUUCAGAUUUUCUAUUUUGUACAUACAUUGUUUUGUAUAUACUGUAUAUGAUGACUUCGGUGGGCAGUGAACGUACUCGGGGCACUCGAGAAAAAACACAGAUUUCAACCACGCAGCCGACACAGCCACAGAAACCAGUAGUCCAGGCAACAGCAGAACAAAUUCGUCUCGCUCAAAUGAUCUACGAUAAGAAUGAUGCAGACUUUGAAGAUAAAGUGAAACAACUCAUGGAAGUGACAGGGAAGAAUCAGGAUGACUGCAUAGUAGCUCUACAUGAUUGUAAUGGAGACGUGAACAGAGCAAUCAAUAUCUUGCUGGAAGGAAGCUCAGAUACAACUUCGUGGGAGACGGUGGGAGGAAAGAAGAAAAGUCUUGGAAAAGAGAGUUCAGAAAACAAAGAGAACAGAGAAAAGCGAGGGGACAGAGAAGUGAGCCGUGGACGGGGAAGUUCCAACAGACGAGGAAGAGGGGGCAGCCGUGGUCGAGAGUUUAGAACUGAAGAAAAUGGAGUGGAAAUGCCCCCUGGUGAUAGGCCUUCUGAUCGUGGGAAACGUGGCAGAGGGAGAGGAUUUGGACGGGCCAGAGGAAGAGGAGCUGGGAGAUUUUCAGCCCAGGGCAUGGGGACAUUUAACCCUGCAGAUUAUACCGAUUCUUCUGCCACAGAUGGCUUUGGAGCAAAACAGGAGACUUGGGAACCUGGAGAGAAUGAUGCAGAUGAUGGGACAGGAGCAUGGAAGAAUUCAAUAGAAGAAUGGACAGCCGAAGAUUGGAACGAAGAUCUUUCAGAAACAAAGGUCUUCACAGCUUCAUCAGUUCCAACUGAGAACCAUAUUGCUUCUGGUCAGAGCAUUGACCUGGUGACGCUGCUUCAGAAUCCUGGUGCUUCUAGCCAAGACAUGGAGGCCACUUCCUUUGAUACUCCUCAGCAGCAAAACUUUGGUCAGGCACUAGUCUUCACCAAUUCCCAGCACAAUCCUCAAAUGGCCUUGGGAACAAUCAAUCCAAGCACUGUGAACACUUACUCUCCACAAAGCCUGUCUUCGGUGCUCAGUUCUGGAUUCGGAGAACUUGGCUCUUCAAAGUUAGCCAACUCUGCUGGUUCUCAGAUUUUGGAGCAGCUGAAAUCUCCAGGUUUGGGCCAGUUCACCUCACAGGGUCCUCUCAGUACAACCUCUCCAGUGUCCACAACUCCAACCUCAUCCUGGGAUGUGAAAUCAUCAACUUCACAGCCUUCUAUCCUCAGCCAUUUUGACUUCAAAUCCCAGCCUGAGCCAUCUCCGGUCCUGAGUCAACUGACCCAGCGGCAGCAGCAGCAGCAGCAGCAGCAGCCCCCACUGGCAGCCACCGCCCCUCCACCUGGACUGGAAUAUUUUGCCCCACAAAAAGCCCAAGAGCCCUUGCCGGUGGACAGCUGUGCAGCUGGCAGCAAAACAUUGCCGCUUUCCAGCCUGUCUCCAGAGAGUCAAGUGGUGCCAGCCCAUCAAACACAGCAGAAGCAGAUCAAGCCGUCGAAGCGGAGGAUGCCCCCGGCUUCAAAAAUCCCUUCCUCUGCAGUGGAAAUGCCUGGAUCUACUGAUGUGUCUGGGCUAAAUGUGCAGUUUGGAGCACUUGAAUUUGGGCUGGAACCUUCUCUCUCAGAGUUUGGACCUGCUUCAAGCUAUGAAAACAGCCCAGCACCCAAUAAUAUCCUGUAUACGAAGCCUGUAAAUGAACCUUUGAAUACCUCUUUGCCAAUGUCCAAUACAGUACAGGAGUCCACCUAUACCACCCCUGUCAUCACAUCCAGCCUGACCUGCUCUUCCCAGAGCACUAGCCUUGUAACGGCAACUUCCUCCUACGACCAGGCCUCUGUGCAUAACAGGAUGACAUACCAAAGUUCGGUGCCUCCGUCAGAACCUGCCUCAGCUGCUGUCAUGAAUGGGCACAACAGUGUUCGAAUACAGCCAGCUCUUGACACUACUUCAUCAGUUCCCACAUCAAAGCCGGAAACCUCUCCUCCAUCACUACCUGCCAAAGGUUCUUCGUUGCCAAGCACCACGGCUGCCACUUCCUUGCUUCUGCCUUCGGCACCACCUCAUACAGCAGCACUUCCAUCGAAUGACUUGGCCAACAGCUCCCUCUCCCAGUUAAGCAGUUCUCUCUCAGAUCAUCAAAGCAGCCUCUCUUCUGCCUCACCACAUUCGCACAGUAGUGUUGAGAAUGCCGCUGCACUCCCGCCCUCCAACACCUUUUCAGUUGCUUCAACCGUGGCCACCACCUCUUCGGCCACCAGCAUGGCCAGCACUACCAACAGCCUAGGCCUGAAUGCGACCAGCGUCUCUCUGCCAAUUCCCACCACACGGGCAGCUCCCUUAGUGUCUUCAGGCAAAGCACCCCCCAACUUGCCCCAAGGUGUACCACCCUUGUUACAUAACCAGUAUUUUGUGGGACCUGGAGGACUUCUGCCUGCCUACCCACAGAUUUAUGGUUAUGAUGAUCUUCAAAUGCUCCAAUCCAGGCUGCCUAUGGAUUACUAUGGAAUUACAUUCCCUGCUCCAGCAACCUUGACGGGCAGAGAGGGAGCCCUUGCUAACAACCCUUACUCAGGUGAUGUCACAAAAUUUGGCCGUGGAGAUUCAGCUUCACCCGCACCUGCAACCACGCUUGCACCGGCUCAGCAGAACCAGACGCAAGCACAUCAUACAGCUCAGCAACCCUUCCUCAACCCCACAUUGCCGCCUGGGUACAGCUACACUGGGUUACCAUAUUACGCUGGUGUGCCCGGGGUUCCCAGUGCUUUUCAGUACGGUCCCACCAUGUUUGUUCCUCCAGCAUCGGCCAAGCAGCACAGCGUCACCUUGAACGCUGCUUCCACACCCUUCCAGCAGGCCAGCGGCUACGGCCAGCACAGUUAUGGAGCAGGUUAUGAUGAUCUCACCCAGGGUGCUGCAGCGGGAGACUACAGCAAAGGGCCGUACGUUGCUGCCUCUCAAGCACAAAGCAAGUCAUCUGGCAGUGGAGCAGGGAAAGGUGUUUCUGUGACCUCAAGUAACACAGGUGUGCCUGAUAUCAGUGGCUCUGUCUACAACAAAGCUCAGACUUUCGACAAGCAGGGAUUCCACGCUGGGACUCCGCCCCCGUUCAGCCUGCCAUCGGCCCUCGGCUCCACGGGGCCCCUGAACCCGGGUGCUGCUCCUGGCUAUGCUCCAGCGCCAUUCCUCCAUAUCUUGCCUGCCCACCAGCAGCCCCAUUCCCAGGUGCUGCAUCAUCACCUUCAGCAGGACGGGCAGGGUGGAUCUGGUCAGCGCAGUCAGCCAAGCGCCCUGCAGCAGAAGUCUCAGGCUAAGAAUGCCUACGGAACAUCUCCGUACUGGACAAACUAAGCUUUGGCCCAGAGGAAGGGAAGGGAAGGGAGGCAGGCAGGCGUAGCAGCCCAUGUCUUUCUCGGCCUCCUGCCCUCCACUGGAGAACAUCGACUGGGGAGGGAAGAAGAGCCCCCCGGGAGAGCUCGGCCCAGACACCCUAUGGGAAGAAUCGGCAGCCACUCCCCUUGUUUGUGACUCUUCCUGAUUUGCUGUUUUAUGUAAUAUAUUUAUGUAUGUAUUUGUAAAUGUAAUAGAGCCAAACAGUGGUUUCUGCAUGUUCUGAAGACUGUUUUAUUUUCUUCCUUAUAGGGAGUGCUAACCAGACAGCUCCCCUUUCAGCCCCCAUGGCAGCUUUCUCUGAAUUUUUGUAUAGGUUUGAGGACUUUAUAGAUUGUCAAAAGCACAAAAGUGUGCCAUUUUUUUAAGAAAAAUAUUUUGGACCCUGGAAGCUUCUUCUGACUUAAAAGCAGUACUUAGCUCAGGCAAAGGGUCAGAGUCACAAGAAGAACAGAGUUCUUGUCUGUUCCUUGGUUUUUUAAAUAUAAUUUUGGUGUUUUCCAAAGGGCCCUGGUUCUUUUUGCCCCAUUCCUGCCAGCCAGAAGGUUGAACAGUCGUGGGCAGCCUAGUUAUAAAUUGCAGUGUUGCACUUUUCUUUGGGACAUUUAAGUAAAUAAAUAAGCUAAGGGUUAGUCUCUCUUCACUCCCACCUUCCGGUUUUGUUUGGGUUUUCGGUAGCCAGAGAUUGGACUGUCAGCUUCUCCCCACACGGUGUCUGCCGGUCAGGAGCUCACUUUCCUUGGCUAGGGCUUGGCUCCGCCAGGACACCUCCUGCCUUCCAUGGCCAUGUUCUUCCUUCCCUCCUUUAGGAGGGGCACCAAGACUGAAGGGGUGUGUGUCAGAAAACUCCCCAUCACCAUAAUGAAGGUUUUAGAAAUUUCAUUUAUUUCUAGCCCAGACUCCCCGCUAAUAAAGUUCUAAGCAUAUCAACAGUGCUUGCGGUCUCCGUUUUCAAAAGUUGCACUCACUGGCUUCGUUGGUUUGGUUAUUCAUAUUUUACCUGUCUAAGGUUAUCCAGCUCAGCAGCAACUCCAGGUGGCCCCAGGUGCCACUGCUAAUGGUGAAGCAAAAGCUCUUUGCGUUUGGUAGAAACUAGCACGCGGACAACAGAUGCUUUCUACUUCGCCAAGCUUGCUUCAGAUACAGAAGAACGGUCUCUGUGGUGGGUCUCAGAACGUUCAGCAUUAGCCUCUCUGGGACGCAGCAGAAUCCUGUUGCUCUUGUUCCCGUUGCUGUUGGCUGGAUGGAGACCCAGGACUUAGGAGCGCAUUAAAGCACCGGGAUUGUUUGCUUGGGAAGAAUAGAUCAGUUUCGCUGACAGACAGAACAUUCAGUGCUUCCAGACAAGGAGGCCAAGCACCAAGAGCCUCCAGAAAUGGCGGAAGACAAUUCCUGCGGAAGAUAGUUGGCAAUUCAAGAACCAGCAAAUCCAUUAUGGGAUUUGGCUUGGGGUGGAAACCUUCUGGUUGCCUGAAAGCCACAUUUUGCUGAUGAGGCUUUUCAAGUAACAGACUGCAACAACAGAUGCAGGGAGCUAACUUACGUUGGCUGGUGCAUCGUCUGGACAAUUGUUUUGCUUCAGAGACAACUAAGGUUGCAGUCCUGGAGGCUAUGAUUUGCAGCAGCACAGAUCCCAUCCCAAUCGAACAGGCUGGGUUUGCGUGACACUUUGAGCCGGAAAUAAGUAAGUGGUGCACGCAAACCCAGAUGCUGCUUUUGCAACCAGCCUGAUAAAGUACGUGGUGCCAAGAAUCUUCAUCUGCUACUCAGGAAUGAGGCCCAAGCAGCAGACUCCUGCGGGGUUGGUUGCUCUUUGAUCGGGCACAUUUCCAUGCCAGUAAGAAUGAGAGGAUGCUGGAGGGAGAAUGGUUGGAAAGCCUCGGGGCUGAACACUCAAGCCCAAGAGUCAGCAAUUGCUAUUUUGUUUUGGAGAGCUCUUAACCCCACAGAAAUCCACAGAACCUGCUUAAAAGGCUGUUAAAUAACAUGACGGACAUUCGAAGUUCUUAGGGGGGCGUGCAGAAAGAAUUUCUCAAGCCUUCUGCAUGUGUGUAUAUAUAUGCACAGUUCACAAGCCUUCUGCAAGCCUUUUGACACAGAAUUGGCUUUCUUGUCAUGCGGUCAUCUCUCCCCACUUAAGAGAAGCACAGGAAGUGGCCAGAACUGGUGCAACCUCCUUGAAGGAGAACGCUGGCAUUAAAAUGUCCAUAGCCAAAAACACUGCUAUGGAUCAACUACCCUCCCUCCCAUUUGGGUGGCAAACUUUCAAGCAAAGCAUGCAUGAAUCCACAUACACAGCUCUUCUGUUUGUGCAGCUAGGGCCAUUUUGUGGCUGUUUCCAUACAACCAAACUAUUUCCAAUGCAGGACCCAAACAACUGAGGAAGCCCAACAGGUGUAUCAGCAG